AUGGCGUCUUGCACAUCGCUACUCGCCGGCACCGGCGUUUCCUCGCUUGCGUUGAUCCAGGAUGCCAAAUCCACCUUUCAACGCAACACCGUGGCUCUCACAACACGGCCGUCUGGUUUCCGUCAGAAGGCGACGGCGUCCAGGCUGCAAAUCGUCGCCAUGGCUGGCAAUGCUGGGGGUGUUGAGCCGGACCUGAGCGAGGAGUCACGGGCGGCAUGGCUAACUGCUGGCGAGGAGAGUCAGCAGGAUAACAGCUUCAAGUACGGCAAGGUGGAUGGUGCUCAUUCUUACCACGAGGGCGAUGAUGGCGAGUUCUGGAGUAACGUCGACGCCUCCCUCAAGGAGGCCGGUGGCCCUGUUUCAGUUGAACAAAAGGGACUUGCAUGGGCGUUUCUUCCAGCAUUCUUCGCUGGUAUUGCAUUUGGCCUCCCGCUGUGCGCAACCCCUCCCUCCGGCCGGGCCCCUCUCACCUUCCUCUCCCGCGCCUCCGUGUUUGUCGGACUCCCUUCCCCGUCACUCCACCCCACGAUUCUCGAGGCCAAUGGCUUCCCCUCGGAGCUCCUCCCCGCGCACGAGGUCGCGCAUUGCGACGGCACGAUCACAGGGCCUUUCUCGAUCAACCUCAAGCGUCCGAUCGACGCCGUGAUUGACGGCUAUAACGUGCACUACGAUCAGCACAUAAGCGGAGUGGUCGAGCACGCUGAUUCUGCUGCUACGUCAGCAGGCUCAGGAAGGGAAGCAGCAGCAUGGCCGUUCCUUCUCAUCGACAUGCACUAG